AUGUGGGCUAUUCAGCAAGCUACUUGUCUUCUGGUGCAUUGGGAUUUCUAUGGAUGCAGCUGUCAUUGGGUCAAAGAGCAACGUCGACAGCAUCCUUCAGUGUCAGCUUGCCUUAUUACAUCGUUCGAUGAUUUUCAUUACUGUACCACCUAUUGGACAUUUCCUUUUAUAAGCAUCUGCAGCGGCAAGGCAACAAGUUCUCGCCAAGUUUUAUCUCGUGUUAUUGUGGUCCUAGUUGUUGACAACCCUUUCACUGGAUAUCCUGCUACGCAUGCCUGUUAUCGGUGGAUCAUAUCAGCUACAAGCAAGAAGCAGCAAUGA